CGGCGUACCUCCCUUUUUAUUUUACCAUUGUACCUGCUGAGAAUUAUUUCAGGUACCUGUUACUUCGCAGCUAAACAAUGGUAUAAUGGAAGAGGGUUAUUUAUUAAUUGUUUCUCUCAAAUGAAGCACAAUCAGUAUACGGGUGUUCCAAUUGGUGGUAUCGGAUGUGGAUCGAUAGGUACGGAUUUUCGUGGUGCUUUCAAUAAGUUUUCACUUUCACCGGGUAUUAAAGAGCAUUUAUUCUCACUGUACAUUCGUCUGACGGAAAGGAAUUUAUUUACCAAACGCCUUCUUUCUGCCGCCGACUUUGAUGAUUCUACGUUGUCUGACUGGUGCUCUCACGUUAAUGGCGAAGAUAUCAGAUAUCAGCGAGGCCUUUUUCCUCGCGCAUGGCGUGAAUUCCGGAUAGCUGACCUUGACUUGACACUUAUAUGUGAACAGAUUUCGCCAAUUAUUCCACAUAAUUAUGAGGACAGCUCCUUUCCAGUUUGCAAUUUCUACUGGACCAUUAUAAAUGAAUCAAAAAACGAUUAUUCGAUAUCACUAACAUUCACGUUCCGGAACGGUACUGGAAAUCCAAAAUGGGACAAUGAAUCUGAGUGCGAAGCUAAUGAGUUGACGACGAAGUCCGCAGCGGGAAUGACAUUGAGCCAUUCAAUCAACUCGAUGCCGGUCAAUUACGCCAUAGCUUCCGAAAAGGCCGGUGACACAAAGAUCAGCUACAGCACUUUCAAUCCUUGUUCACUGAGUGGAAGCGAAAUUUGGGAGACCCUCAGUAGUACCGGAUCACUGUCUGGAGGUUUCUACAUCACAAAUCAUUUGUUUAUU